AUAGAAGUGGGACGCUUAUAAAGGAGGCGCAGAGAGCUAUGGCUCAUCGAACCAGAACUCUGGUGUAAAGAAAUUACUUUCUUCUCAAGCUGCUAAGGAAAGAAAAUAUUUUACCACAAAUGAUGAAGGAUUUACUCAAAGUUCUGACCGCUACACAAUUCUUAUUGCAAGUAGUAGGUCAGUCCCCGAUAUCCGGAUUGUGCAUCGGGAACUCCUGCUAUACCUUAAUGCAAAAUUCAAAGGAUUUUGUUUUUGCAAAUGAAAUAUGUGAAAGACAAGCCGGGCAUUUAAUGACAGUCCGAUCAUCGGUAUCAAAUGACGCACUCGCUUUGUUAAUAGCGAAUUCAAAAGCAGAUUUCUGGAUCGGGCUUCAUCGUCCUGCAGGGCGAUGCACCGACAACACCGCUAAACUUAGAGGAUACGUGUGGGUAACAGAAGACGAAAACACAGACUUUACCAACUGGGAAGACAGUGUCUCAGCCUGCUCUCGGCAGUGUGUCUCAGUUUCCAGCGAUCUGAAGUGGAAGGAAAGGUCUUGUCAGGAUGAAGUGGAUGGAUUUCUGUGUGAGUACAAUUUCAAUAAAACCUGUGACCCUCUGCCACAAGACUAUGAUGAGUUUAUUUUAUACAAAACUCCUUUAGGAAUUAAGGGAGAGGAUCUCGCCUCCAUUCCUCCUGGAAGCAUUGCAACACUGAAACCUUCUGAUUUCAAAGUCUUAUGUGUGGCUGAUGAGACUAAUAGCUGGAUUCAGGGACCUUGGAGUUGUGAGUUUGAAAACGGUGGCUGUGAGCACCAGUGCAGAAUGAAGAAUGGUAAACCAGAGUGUAUUUGCCCACCUAACGAGGAACUGAAAGGUAAUAAACUAAACUGUAAUAAAAUGAAUCUGUGUGUCAAUUCAGACUGCGAACACCUCUGUGUGAAUCACAAUGACAGCUAUACAUGCCUGUGCGACCAUGGGUUCAAGCUGGAAGAGGAUGGGAAGCGAUGUAGAGACAUAGAUGACUGCGAACUUCCAGGAAUUUGUGGCCAUGAGAAGGUGUGUGUGAACAUGCCUGGCAGUUUUGAGUGCAGAUGCCCAGAUGGGUAUGAAGAUAUUCAGGGUGAAUGUCGAGAUGUGGAUGAGUGUCAGAAUGCUCCUUGUGAACAUAACCUGUGUGAGAAUACACCUGGGAGCUACAAGUGUUUCUGCUCUGAUGAGUUCAUCCCAAAUCCUGAAAAUCCUCUUAAGUGUGAUUUGCUUUGUAUCUCACAUGAAUGUCGUGCUCUGUGUGAUCCAUACAAACCCUGGCAAUGCACCUGCCCAGAAGGAUAUAUUAUGGAUGAUGAAAAUGCUACGAUCUGUGUUGAUAUUAAUGAAUGUGAAUCUGAAACCUUCUGUCCGCAACUGUGCAAUAACACUUUUGGGGGUUAUGUGUGUUACUGCCAUGAAGGAUACUAUCUAAAAGACAAAUAUUUUUGUGUCCCUGAAAGUCCCGAAGAAGGCUCAGGCACAGCACCCAUUCCUACAACCGAUCUAGUUUUUCCCACAUCUCCGUAUUCCACAGAUAUUCCCCCGGUGGUAACAGCCGGAGGGCUUCUUGGAAUCAUAGUGUGCAUUGUGGUGAUGAUCAUAGUCUUGUUCUUUUUGGGUCACCACAUCCUUAAACAUGGUGGAAAAGGUGAGGCUUCGUUUGAUCAGAAAAGAAGCAACAGAGAACUGCAUGUAGAUCUCCAGCAAGUUACCACUGAUAAGUAUAUCAGGAGAUCUUCUGUUAACAAACCUCUGACACACAAGACCUGAAACAUCCCUGUUAUGUAAAUGGCUGCGAGAUACAGUAUGUAUUGUUUUCAUUUGUUCUGUGAUGCUGCUCCAAUGUUUCCUUGUUUUCUGCCUGCCUUUCUUCUUAAAACACAGCAUGUACGUUAAAACAUUGACAUUAAAUCUCCGCAAAAUCUCCAUUGUUCUUAAAGUCUCCCAGUGGAGAUAAAAAGACAAAUGGCCAUUGGUGAUAAAAGUUAGACUGGCAUCUCCUUAUCAAGACAUUUAAGUGUAGCCUACUGCUGCAAACAUACAAUAGGUUACAAAAGUUUGCAACACCUCAAGGACAUCUUCAAGGACUUAUAAAUAUUUGCUUGUUGUACAGGAUUCAGUUUUAUGUUUAAGCCCUUGGUUUUACUUAAGCACUUGUUUAUAUAAGCACACCUAGCCAAUGUGCAUCCCACUAUAUUAUAGCCAUAUAUUAAUUCUAUGUCUAUGUUUUAUAAAUGAUUAGAAAUGAAGAAUGUGUGAUAUAUUGGACUUAAUGCUGCAAUUUUGAAAUGCCGUUGAAAUGUUUCAAAAGAUUCCUUUUAUUUAAGUGUGAGGUCUAUAGAGUGUACCUUCAAAGUUCUUAAAAAGUGAAUCAAGAAAUCAUGAAAGAAGUAUAACAUUUGACAAAGAGUAGAGGUUCCUUGCAGCCAGGCAUUUGUAUCAGAUUCUCUUACUUUGUUCAUUUCCAGAUGCAGCUUGUUGUUAUCAUUAAUUUAUUUGUAUGGUGUAUAUGGUUGCAUAAUGUUAAAUCUUAUUAAUCAAACACAAAAUGCUUCCCGUUUAUUAUAUGGUCUGAAUUACAAGGCUGCUGUUGAAAAUUCAUAAAUCUGGCUGGUUUAAUAGUUAAGUCAUUAUGUUGCUUCUUAGUCACCUUGGAGAUCAGCUAAGUAAUUUAGACAAGUAGAAUAUACUGUAAGAACAUUACCAAGGAUGGGAGGCCUUUCAUCCCACCUAAUCCAUUCUAAUUGAUCUUGGAUCUCAUCCAAGUAUUUCUACAUGGUUGGCUAACUUGUUACAUACCCCUACAACACUUUGCAUAAAGUGCCUUUUUUUGGCAACUUUAAAUUCACUUCAUUGUUGUUUCCACUUAGGAUGGUAUCGGUUUUAGACGUUGCCUGAGUUUAUUUUUAUAUGUUUGUAAACAUCUAGUCAGAAAUUGUGGUUUCAUUGUCAACCGAAUUGUUUCAAUAUGUUUUAUGUCAAAGUGGAAAAAUACUCAUUUUAUCCCUGACAAGAAACCAAAAAACACCUUUCAAAGACCAAGUAUUGUCUUUAUACAAUUCAGGAAAUCUUGAAAAGGAGUGGAUUGUUUUGGAAAGGAAUACAACUGGUUGCACCAUCCCAAACUUUUUAUAGCUUCCACCUAUUAGGUAUACAGUUUUGCACCAGGAUUGUAUAUGAUAGGGAAAUGAUCACUUUAAUUAGCAGAUUAAUUUAAAUACAGGGAGGAGUACAUUAUCAGAGAGUGUAAUGUUAUUACUGUUGUUCUGUUCUCAAACAAAAGGUCAGAGUUUACAUUUAAGCUUCCUUCAUGAACAUCGCAGUUUCUCAUGUAGUCUUUUGCUAGCAGCAUAUCAUUUUAAAUUAAUAACUAAACCAUCUUUUGUUAACUGACUGAAGAAUUACUGACAGUGGAGUGAAUAAAAACACAUCCUGUUCCUUUUAUUCUGUUCAAAAGACUGACAGGACAAGCCUGAAACAUGACAUUUGCUUUGUGAAGUACUAUUAAUAACAUAAACAAUCCACAGUUUAUGCGAUAUCGAAUGUAUACAGUAGGUAAUGAAUGUACACUUAUGUACUGUAUGUGUGCUAAGAGGACUCAAUGUUGAGUCCAUAUAUUACAGAAAAAAAGCUUUAAGCUACUGAAAAAUUGAAGAAGUAUUUUUUCACCAAAAUACAUACAGUAUGUGAAAAGAAAAAAUACCAUUGUGUCAUUUUAAUUUCUUCUAUUAUCUUUAUUAAGAGGUGUGCUUACUGCACUCAUAUACUUUUAUAUUUAUAGAGUAUUAUAUGUGUAGAAGUCUGUAUAUAUAUAUUUAUUAAAACAUUGUUUUCAAU